AUGCCAAACAGUACGACAAAGGAAACUGCUGAUAUUGAACUCGUAAGCGUUCAUUCAGAAAAACCAACCCACGAACCCUCGGUGGUCACUAGACUCUUCUAUGCCCAACGGUACAUGGAAAGACAGUACAGCGAAGUUAAAUCGCAGGCUGGUUUCGGGUGGUGGCAUGACUGGGUUUUCAGCACGCUGAAAAUCAACUCCUUAGAGCCGAAAACGUCAACUUAUCCUACCUGGACAGAUGAAAAAUUAGCUCUCAGAUCUUCGCACUGGCUGGUUUGCACGGGUCUUCUGACCUCGGAAAUUAUGGGAGCUUACUUGGUGCCAAACUCUUAUGCGCUGGUUGGCUAUGUUCCAGGUAAUCUGGUCCUGAUUGCGUGUUUUGUCCUUACACUGCUUGCCGGUGGACUCCUCUGGUGGCUCUUCCUACUGUUUGAUUCUCCAGAAUAUCCAAUCCGUUCACUAGCAGAGCUCGGAAGAAUCCUGGGAGGCGAAACAUGGGCCCAGAUUGUCAUCUUCUUACAAGUCGUGGCAAUGUUCCUGACAGCGGCUAAUGUGGGUAUUAGUGGAUUAGAAUCGUUGGUUAUCCUACAGGAUGUUAGAUACUGCUGGACAGGUCUAUUACUUGCAUUCUGCACUGGUUUAGGGAUCAUUUCCAGUAUUAAGUCAUUCAGCAACAUCGGAAAAUUCUGUCUUGUCGUCUCUUUCAUGAACUACAUCAACUUGUUUGUGCAAAUGGGAUACUUUGGAGAGCCAAAUUGGCAAAACGCCAAGUCCCUUCUUGGUCUCGAUCCUGCCCCUGUGGUUGCCUCCAACUUUGUCGUUCAAACUUUGGUUUAUAAGCUGGUUGCAGUUUCUAAUAUCUCCUACGUGUUUGCGGGAUCUGUUGUGUUCCCGGAAAUUCUUUCCGAGAUGAAGAGACCUUGGGAUUUUUGGAAAUCGAUGAUUGCAGCUCAAACAGCUAUCCUUGCAACCUACUUGGUUUACGGUAAUUAUGUUUAUUCCCAACAAGGACAAUUUGCCAAUUCGCCCGCUGUGUUUGGUAUUUCAAAAAUCAGUGCUCUUAAGGGAUUGUCUGUUAUGACAUUCAUUGUUGGUGUCCUCCAGGGAGUCUUCUAUGGACAUGUUUCCACCAAAGUGUUCUACAAAAAUUACUUUCCAAGAAUUUUCAAAGGCCUGGAUUCCCGUUCCAAGAAAGGUAUAAUUCUUUGGUAUGUCAGUACAACCAUUGUCUGGAUUAUCAUUUACGUUAUUGCAACUGGUGUGCCCAAUGUUGCUUCUAUCUCUGCUUUCACUUCGGCGCUUACUAUGAUUCCACUCACAUACGUCAUACCAUUCUGGUUCUACAUCUGGGCAUCUUACAUUAAGACCAAUACAGAAUCCAUUACCAAUUACGAUGAAAAUACUAUGGAAGUCAAUGGCUACGAAAGACCAAUGCUGGAGUUCAUGAAGCGUGGAUUCAACGAACAAAGACUUUUGUUCACCUUCUACUCUGUUGUUAGUCUUGCAUCCUUGGCUUUCGCAGGUAUGGGACUGUACGGUUCCGUGGAAUAUAUGAAGGAUAUAUUUGCCAACACUUCAGCUACGUCAUUUUCCUGUACAUCACCUAUCUGA